AUGGGUUUUAUAAAUAAGAUCAAAUUUUACUACAAAUCUUUUUUGUCAUUUAUCGUGGUAUCUUGCAGUUCGGUAGUUGGGGUGUUUGCAUCAAUUAUAUUAUCAAUUGUAGGUAAAAAAUAUAUCGCACAAUGGGCUACUGCUAGGUUCUUUUAUUAUAUGUAUAGAACUUUGCUUGGAAUCGAUGUUAAAGUGACAUCUCCUCAAAACUUAGAAAAUCUACCAUGUAUUUUUGUUUCAAAUCACCAGAGUGCGUUGGACAUCAUGGUGAUCGGUAAAUGUUUCCCUCGGAAUUGUACAGUUACUGCCAAGAAAUCUUUAAAAUAUGUCCCAUUUUUAGGUUGGUAUAUGUCUUUAAGUGGUACUUUAUUCUUAGAUAGAAAGAAUGGGGCCAGUAGUAUUGUCGCUAUGAAAAAUUCUCUAUUUAACGUUUUAGUUCAAAAGAGAGCUCUAUGGGUUUUCCCUGAAGGUACAAGAUGUAGUUCUGAGCAACUAGAAAUGCUUCCAUUCAAGAAAGGUGCAUUCCAUAUGGCCCAACAAGGUAAAAUUCCAAUAGUCCCAGUAGUUGUCUCAAAUACCAGCAACCUAUUUAAUAAAAAGCAUUCUAUUUUCAACCGUGGUAACAUCGUGGUUAAAGUUUUAGACCCAAUUUCCACCCAAGAUCUAAAAUCUGAAGAAGUUGCUGACUUUGCAAACAAAGUUCAAGAAAAGAUGUUGAAAGAGUUGAAGGAACUAGGGUUCUGUGAAACCAGUGCUAGUAUAAAAAGAACUGAUACAACCACAACGGAAGCAGCCGACGACCCCCCAGAGACUGACGAAAAUGAAGAGGUCGAAGAAGUUUCUACAUCUAACACAUCCCCAGAACCUCCUGUGUCGGAAGGAACAGAAGCCACUGUAGUUGAAGACAAAGUUUCGCAACUCAAAUCAGCAUCAGAGAACUCCUUUUCCACAGUAGGUAAUGACGACUCCGAUGACACAAAAUAG